CCGGGGGCUGCCCCCCGCGCUCCUCGCCGCCGGGCCCCCUUGUCCCCCGGGGGCCGGGCUUGUCGGGGGGGCGGGAGCGCGGAGGGGGACGCUUAGGGGGUGUCGGGGCGCCGGGCUUACGGGCCCCUCUCGGUGCGCUGCCACCCGCUCUCUCCUCCGCGACCCCCAGCAGGGUGUGCGCCCUCCGGGCCGGGGGAAGGCGGAGCACCAUGGUGGAGAAGCGGUGCCCGCGGCUGCAGCGGGACGGCGUGUACCGCUGGUUCUCCGAGCUGCCGUCUCCGCAGCGCGUGGAGUUCCUGUGCGGCCUCCUGGACCUGUGCAUCCCGCUGGAGCUGCGCUUCCUAGGCGCCUGCCUGGAGGACCUGGCCCGCAAGGACUACCACUCGCUGCGUGACUCCGAAAUCAAGGCCAACAACCCCGCAGACCUGGGGAGCCUCACUAACCUGACCGACGAGGUGGUACGCAGCAAACUGUUGGUGUCUCUCGCCCUGCUCGGGUCUGCACACCGAGAAGCGGCCGGGGUCCUCUUCCGUACCCUCACCCACAUCGAUUCGGUCAUCAACAACUAUGGGCUACAACUCAACGAGGGCCGCACAGGGGAUGAGUUCCUGUUGCUCUUUACAAUGGCAUCCAACCAUCCUGCUUUCAGCUUCCACCAGAAACAGGUCCUGAGGCAAGAGCUCACCCAGAUCCAGAAUAUCAUGGCCAGCACCAGCAAGAAUCCAAGCACCUCUACCCUCAACACCAUGGCAACCUAUCCUGGCUGCCAUAAGGUCACGCCAAGGCCCGAGACCCCCAUCAACAGUGUCAGCAACAGUCUGGAAAAUGUACUACAUACAUCAACACAUUCCAUUGAGGAGUCAUUACCCAAGAGGCCUUCGGGGAAACACUCCAAAGUGAGUGUUGAAAAAGUGGAAUUAAAGGGACUGGCACACAAGAAGAAUGAAAGAAAUGUUGAAUAUUCCUUUGAGGUCCUGUGGUCUGAUUCUUCAGUGACGUUGGUAACCAAAUCUUCCUCUGAAGUGACUGAUUUUAUCUCAAAGCUGUCUCAGCUGUAUCCAGAAGAAAACUUGGAGAAAUUCAUUCCUUGCCUAGCUGGUCCAGAUUCAUUUUACCUAGAACGGAACCACAUGGACCUGGAAUCGGACCUUAGGUAUUUGGCACCAUUACCUUCCCAUGUGGUGAAAAAUGACCACGUUAGAAAGUUCUUCAGCGCUUCAUCUCCUUCACAGCAACUUCAGAGCUCGAAUCCUGGCAAUCCCUCCCUUUAUAAAGUAGGAACCACGCUGGGAACAUCUGGAAGACCUAUAUGUGGAGUGGCUGGCAUUCAGUCUUCUCAGAAUCACGUUCAACACUCAGCUGCUGCUCCUGUUGCACUACCCCACUGUUCCCAUGCAGGAGGUACUGGCUCAUCGCUGGCCUAUCGCACCCAGAUGGACGCCUCUUCUUCACCCAUGUUAAUGUCUUCCAGUCCACAGACUCCUCAGACACAGGAGCAAAAUGGGAUCUUAGACUGGCUCAGGAAACUGCGGUUGCACAAAUACUAUCCUGUCUUCAAACAGCUCACGAUGGAGAAGUUUCUGAGUCUUACUGAGGAAGAUCUGAAUAAGUUUGAAUCCCUCACCAUGGGAGCAAAGAAGAAGCUCAAGACCCAGCUAGAGUUGGAGAAAGAAAAGUCGGAGAAACGGUGCCUAAACCCCUCAACACCUUCUUCAGUUACCAGCAGUGGUGUGGCAAGGGUUCCCCCUACUACACAUGUAGGGCCAAUCCAGAGUAUUCGUGGCAACCAUGCUGCAGAGCUGCGAGUGGAUGUGGAUCAGCCAGCUCACCCAUUGCCCCGUGAGGGCAGCUCAUCUGAGUAUUCCAGCUCUUCUUCCAGCCCCAUGGGGAUCCAGACAAGGGAAGAGAGCUCGGACAGCGCCGAGGAGAAUGACAGACGUUUGGAGAUUCACUUAGAUGGUUCUGAAAAGGAGAAGCCAGUGAUGUUACUGAAUCAUUUCGCUUCCAGCUCUGCCAGACCCACGGCUCAAGUCUUGCCAGUGCAAAAUGACGCAGGCUCCAGUCCGUCCAGCCACCACGCUCUGCCCAUGCAAAUGAUGUCAGCGGCCUCUACUCACAUCACCCCCAUUCGGAUGCUAAACUCAGUCCAUAAAUCAGAGCGUGGCAAUGCAGACAUGAAGCUCCUUUCAUCGUCUAUGCAUUCUCUUUUGUCUUUAGAAGAGAGAAAUAAAGUUUCUCCUGGAUCUAGGGGCAGCAUUAAAAUGGAAAAGAGCUUUGGAAAUACAGUCGUGGAUGUAAUGUCUGCAUCUUCUCCCCACCAGCCCUUGCAAGUGCUGUCAGGUGCUGCUGAGAACAGCUCACCCACUUCUACUAUUAACUUUGGUCCUCGAACCAAAGUUGUACAUGCUUCAACUCUGGACAGAGUGAUAAAAACAGCUCAGCAGCCAGGAUUAAUAGUAGAAACGAGUACUGCUGCCACUGUAACAUCCAGCACGGUCUUCCACGUGGCUCGUCCACCCAUCAAACUCCUGGUGUCUUCGUCUCUUCCUACUGAUUCUGCCAUUGCCGGACAGACUUCCUGCUCCAGUAAUAUGCAAAUAACGGUGUCCCCUGCAAUAAUAAAUCCCCGGACUGCUCUGUACACAGCCAACACCAAAGUUGCCUUUUCUGCAAUGAGCAGCGUGCCAGUGGCGCCAAUGCAAGGCAGUUUCUGUGCAAACACCAACGCAGCCUCCUCCAGCAGCCACCCAUCCACAUCCUACGCGACCAUGGCCAACCUGCCCAGCUGCCCCGCACCCAGCUCCAGCCCCACGCUCUCCUCUGUUGCCGACAACAACUUCUACAGCAGCAGCAGCAGCAGCAGUAGCAGCAGCAGCAGCAGCAGCAGCGGAUCCGCAGGGAGCAUCCCGGUACCAAACCAGAACCACCACCACCAUCACCACCAGCAGCAGCAGCCGCAGCCGCCCGGGUGCAUGGUGUGCAGCUCCUGCGGGUGCAGUGGGAACUGCGGCACCGGCGGUAUGACCGUCAGCUACGCCAACUAUUUCCAGCACCCAUUUUCAGGCCCGUCGAUGUUUACUUUCCCGUUUCUGCCCUUCAACCCUUUGUGUGGUAACGGCUACAUCAACACGCAGCAGUACAACAGCAGCACGACCUUCCCCGUGGUCCACACCGCUUACAACAGCGGCAUAGCACCGGACUCCGUGAUGGCUGGGCAAUCGACGUUUGCGGUACCACCAAUGCAGAACUUUAUGGCAGGGACAGCAGGGGUGUACCAGGCACAGGGGAUGAUGGGAAACGGCAAUGGUUCGAGUCACAAAAAAAACGGGAAUCUCUCCUGUUACAACUGCGGGGCCAGUGGUCACAGAGCUCAGGACUGCAAACAGCCUCCGAUGGAUUUCAAUCGACAAGGUACGUUUAGGCUGAAGUACGCCCCUCCCUCUGAAAGUCUUGACUCCACAGACUGAUAUUUUAUCAUCUGGCAAGAAAAUACUGUAAGCCAUGGAGAUACAAGGAGAUUGAACUACAAAUUGAGACGUCCAGUUGCUGUUAAGCUUAAUGUAUUUUUUAAUCCAAAGGUGCUUUACUUUAUUAGACUAGGUAGAAAAUCUAGCUUAGGGGUGCAUCGAACCCAUUUUUGAUUGCCAAAUUCAAGCUUGGAUCUUGUUGCUGGAACUUCUGACUCCCCAUGUCAUGGGAUCGAUGGAUGGUGGAGCUGCCCUGAUGCGAGUACAACAUCCAAGGUACUUUCUUUUUGCUUGAGCCACGUUGCCAUACGUGGACUUCCAAAGGGGGGAAGCAUCGAGCUCCAGGGCAGCUUCAUUCUGAGGUGGAAGCUGGAGGCUGGAGGUGGGAGCAGCCGUUUGGAAGGACUUUGGCACCCCUGGGCUGGGUAAAAUGUCUACUUUUUUUCAAAAGUGAUCAGGCACUAAUCUCUGGGAUUAUUGAGGAUUGCACUACAGAAGAAUGUAAAACCCUUCGAGCUUUCUGCACUUCCAGCAGUGUCACUGAGACCAGCGCAAGAGGCAAAGAAGUUCCAGCUGUUAACAGCUGGCACCAGCAGGCGAUACGUGACUUAACCACACAAUAAAAGUCUGAAGUAAGUGUCUCCUUUUUCCCUACCAAAAGAACACAAACACGGCGGUUUCGGUUCCUUCUGGAAACAAACUUGUGCUUCACUGUCUCACUUAUUGCUAGGUAGUGCUGGGUUCCCAGCGGUGGAAUAGACUUUAGUUUCCAAGGGUCCAAGUCCCAGAGACUCCAGAGUCAAAAAGGCUUCAAGGAUAUAUUCCUGUAAUACACAAAACCUUUAAGUCCUGUUACUGUAUAUAGGUCUCUUUCACAGAAACUUUAUUAUUCUGCUUUUGUAAAUGAGUUUUAAACCAUCCUAAAAGAAAAAUGCAAAAAAAAAAAAAGAAAAAGAACUCUGUCAGCAGAGUUUGUAAGCUUUUGCUUUACUUCAUAUAAAAAAAUACCCCUUUGACUCCUACCCAGAGGCUUUUGCUACAGGAUUCAGAAGUGGUAGAAGUCAAACAUGUAAAAGGUAGUAAACUUCAUUAUUAUCAA